AUGAGUAUGGACCAUGAUAGGCAUGUGUGUGUGUGUAUAUCAUGUACUAUGAAUGCGGCUAAGAUAAGAAUAACCUGGCCUAUUUUAUUACGCUCUUCUCUCGUUCCACCGGCUGCUUUCAUAACACUAACGUUCUGUAAGAGCUUAUACUACCAUUGCCCAGUACAGAUAACAUCAUCAUGCUACGAGCGUGUGUCCAAGAAGGACCAACCCCAUCUACCACCCCCCCCCACACAAGCACGUGACUAUCACAUGACCUGUUAUUACGUGCAAUCACAUGACAAACACGUGAUCGCGGCACCACCAACCAGACAAUCCAGCUCCUCCCACUAUCUGCAUGCAUUUUACCCGGCGUUUCUUUGGUUUCCCCCUGCCCACUUUGUUUCUGCUAACAGAGAAGCGGCCAUCCGCUCGCUUCCUUCCCCGUCUCUCCGCCUCUUUCUGGCCAAACUGUUUCAAAAACAAAUUUGUGGUUUCUGA